AUUGACAAGAUGGCGGCAUCCUUUGGCUAUGAAUCUCAUGAAGAACUCACAGAAUUUCUACAUACGCUUCAAAAUCUGUUCAGGCAAACACAACAAUCGCUAUUAUCAAAUGACCAUCUUGGAUUAGAGCACUGUAAAAGCAAAAUUGAGCGUUGUAUACCAAUUGCUUCUGCGAUUUUACUUUCACUAAAUGAUCCUCAUCCUCGAAAUGAUCCCUGCCUUACAGCAACGCAAAAUGCACAAAUACAAACGCCAACGCUUCGAUCGCUGGUGGAAAUAUUAAUUUGUGACAUGGAAGUCGAAUUUGAGAAGGUUACAGCUGCUUUGGAAACAUCUUAUGAUGAAAACGUUAGAGAUGUUAUUUCAUUUUUACCAAGCAAUGGCGGAAGGCCUUCAUACAAUAUCACAAAAAUUCAAAUAGAGCAGUUGCGGGAGACAGGAUUGAAUUGGAAAAGUAUUGCAAAUUUUCUUGGUGUCUCUGAACGAACACUCGCUCGAAGAAGAGUAGAGUAUAGUAUUGAAGGAAAUUUUACUGUAAUAACAGAUGACAGCUUAGAUGCAGAAAUACGAGAUGUCCUCCGCUUAACACCAUAUAGUGGUGAAUGUUACGUACGUGGCAGUUUGAAAGCAAGAAACAUAAAUGUCCAAAGAGAAAGAGUGAGAGAAAGUCUACACAGGCUUGACUCAAUUGGAAGAAAUAUGAGAAGACGGUAUGCCAUCUGCAGAAGAGUUUAUGAUGUCCCAGGGCCCAACCUUUUGUGGCACAUAGAUUCUAACCACAAGCUCAUCUCUUGGCGCUUUGUCAUCCAUGGAUGUGUGGAUGGCUUUAGUCGACUGAUAAUAUAUUUGAAAUGUACAACCAACAACAAGGCUGGCACAGUUGUUGAGCUAUUUAAAUAUGGGGUUGCAGAAUUUGGACUACCAUCAAGGAAGGCUCGAUUUGAGAAAUCAGGGACUUUGCCGAAGUUCGGAUUCAUCAAGACGCAGAAGCCUUGCCUUGAAGCAUCUUAUAAGGUCGCUUACCGCAUUGCCAAGGCAAAGAAAGCUCACACUAUCGGAGAGACAUUGAUAAAACCGUGUGCUCUGGAAAUGACUGAGCUAGUAUGUGGCACAGAACAAAGAAUGAAACUUGAAGCCGUUUCCUUGUCAAACGAUACCAUCAGCUCCAGAAUUAUUGACAUUUCUAAUAAUAUUCUGAAACAAGUAAUGGAGGAACUUAAAGCAUCACCAUUUCCAUUUAGCAUGCAACUGGAUGAAAGCACAGAUGUCUCUCAGUGUGCCCAGCUUCUUGUAUAUGUUCGUUAUAUGCACGCUGAUGCAAUUAAAGAAGAAUUCCUAUUUUGCGAGCCUCUCUCAGAAACUACAAAGGCUGCAGACGUAUUAGAGAUGGUGAACAAUUUCUUUGCCAAACAAGACUUCAAUUGGAAGAGAAAUAUUGGUAGUUUGUGUACCGACGGAGCGCCCGCAAUGCUUGGAAAAACCUCAGGGUUUGCUUCGUUGGUAAAGAAAGAAGCUCCUCACAUCAUUGUGACUCAUUGCUUUCUACAUCGACAUGCAUUGGCAUCAAAAACUCUAUCACCAGCUUUAAAAGAAAUUUUGUCUGUUUCUGUAAAGAUCGUCAACUUUGUCAGAGCUCGAGCUUUAAACAAUCGUAUAUUCAAAAGACUUUGCCAAGAAAUGGGUGCACAACAUGAAGUACUUUUGUACCACACUGAAGUUCGCUGGCUUUCGAGAGGUCAAGUUUUGAAGCGUUUGAUGGAACUGAGAAAGGAAGUUUCAUUCUUCUUACGAGAAAAACAAAAUCCUCUAUCAGUGCAAUUUGACAGAAAGGAGUUUCUUUAUGGCUUAGCUUACUUGGCAGAUAUUUUCGGUCAUUUGAAUGAAGUAAAUCUGUCAUUUCAAGGACCAGAUGUAACGAUUAUGGACGUUACAGAAAGACUGCAGGCUUUUCAAGCAAAGCUUCCUUUGUGGAAAAGAAGACUUGAGACAGACAACUUUGCCAACUUCCCAAUGCUGGAGGAAGUGAUCUCUCAAACUCGAAUCGAUAAUACUGAAGCCCUGCUUUCCUCUCUACGUGGAAAUAUGUGCGAAAAUUUAGACAGAUUGCAGCAAUCUUUUGAAAGUUAUUGCUCACAUGAUCCGAAUUUUGAAUUGUGGAUUCGCAACCCAUUUCUUGCAGAUCUAAAUUCUAUUGGUGAUGACAAUCUUGCCAAAGAUGACCUCAUUGAGUUGAGGACAAUGCAAAUGCUAAGGAGCGAAUUCAAUUCAAAGAACCUUGCAGAAUUCUGGUGUUCCUUGGCACAAGCGUAUCCUCGCCUGGUGAAGAGAGCCAUGGUUGCUCUUAUUCCUUUUGCUACUACCUACCUCUGUGAGGCAGGGUUUUCUGCUCUUCUUGCUAUCAAAACGAAACAGCGAAAUCGGUUGGAUGCUAAGGAUAACAUGCGUGUGGCCUGUGGAGAGACUUAUGUUAAAGGAAGUUUGCAUGCAAGGGGUGUACUUAUUCAGAGAUCACGAGUGAGGGAAAGUUUGCAACGUGUUGAUCCUAUAGGUCGAAGCUUGAGAAGAAGAUAUGCUAUUUGUCGAAGAGUUUAUAAUGUUAAGGGACCCAAUAAUUUAUGGCAUCUAGAUUCAAAUCACAAGCUUAUAUCAUGGAGGAUGGUUAUACAUGGUUGCAUUGAUGGAUUUAGUCGAGCCGUUAUUUACUUAAAAUGUUGCACUGAUAAUAGAGCAUCAACAGUUUUGAAUUUAUUUAAGCAAGGUGUUGAAGAUUUUGGAUUGCCAUCGAGAGUGAGAGGAGACCAUGGUGUUGAAAAUUUUGAGGUGGCAAAAUAUAUGAUUUCAAGCAGAGGGAUGGACAGAGGAAGCUAUAUAGCUGGUCGAAGUGUUCAUAACCAGCGGAUAGAAAGACUAUGGGCUGAGGUCAACAGAGUUCUAUCUGCACUUUACAAAGGAAUCUUCAAACAUUUGGAAGAGAAUUCAUUACUUGAUUCAUUGAAUGAGGUGCAUCUAUUCUGUUUACAGUUCGUUUAUCUACCUCGAAUUAAUGCUUCAUUGGCUGAAUUUGUUACCCAAUGGAAUUACCAUGGGCUCAGAACAUGCUCUCACCAAACACCUAUGGCUAUGUGGCAAACGAACAUGCUGUUGGAGUCAGACGAAUCAUCAUUAAUAAAUUUUGAAUUGUAUGGAAUAGAUUUUGAAGGCCCAUUGCCAGACAUUAUCACAUCAAACAACAUUGUUGUUCCAAACUCUGAUGUGGAACUAACCGAUGAGCAGUUUCAGAUUUUGAAUGACCAAGUUAAUCCAAUGUCAAAUGAUGGCGAUAAUGGAAUCAACCAUUACUUGCAAGCUCUACAUAUUAUCGAGGACUUUCAAUUAAGGACAGUAGUCAAUGAUAAUGCAGAUGAUAGUACAACAGAUAUGUAUGAAUAUAUCACAGGCGACGAUUAA